AUGCCAUCAGAAUUAAAUAAUAUGACAACCAUAGAGUUAGCGAAGUUUACCCAUCCUUCUAUCUCCAAACAUCAUGAUAAACUUUGGUUUCAUGAGAUUUCCGAAUCUUCCUUUCCAGGGCAAUCAUUCGCUUUAGAAGUCAAAGAAAUUUUAUAUCAUACCAAAACUCUAUAUCAAGAUAUCUUGAUCUUUGAAUCAGCUACUUUUGGUAAUGUUCUUGUCUUAAAUGGUAUUAUUCAAUGUACUGAGCGCGAUGAGUUUGCAUAUCAGGAGUUGAUUACUCAUGUUCCAAUCAUGUCGCAUCCAAACCCUCGAAAAGUGCUAGUUAUAGGUGGAGGUGAUUGCGGUGUUAUCAGAGAGUUGAUUAAGCAUGUUGAAGAUGAGACUAUUGAAGAAAUCACUAUGGUUGAAAUAGAUGAUAUGGUUAUCAAAUUACUGGCUAAAUACUUACCGGAGAUGGCUAAAUAUCAUAAUCAUCCAAAGUUGAAUUUGAUUAUAGAUGAUGGAUUUAAGUUUCUAAAAGAAACCACUGAAAAGUUUGAUGUUAUAAUUACUGAUUCUUCCGAUCCUGAAGGUCCAGCUGAAGAAUUCUUUCAAAUAAAUUAUUUCAAUCUUUUAAAUAAUACAUUGAACAAGAAUGGUAUUGUCAUUAUGCAAUCACUGGAAAAUAUUUGGCUUAAUUUACCUUAUUUAAAGGAUUUACUUUUAAAAGCCAAAACUGUCUUUAAAAAUGUCGAAUAUUGUCAAUGUUAUAUGCCAAGUUAUACAUCUGGUCAAUUAGGAUUGGUGGUUGCAACCAUGAAUAAAGAUACCGACUUAAGAUCCCCAGUAAGAAAGUUUACUAAAGAAAAGGAAUCAAAACUAUUUAAAUAUUAUAGUCAGCAAAUUCAUUCAAGUUCGUUUGUACUACCAACUUGGGCUGAUAAUUAUUUGAAUGAAAGUACAUAG